CUAAAAAUUUAGGGUCAGCAAGGUAGCAAACGGAAAGAGUACACUUUUGAAUCUAGACACGAAAUAACCAAUUCACUAUUUAGUAUUUAAUUUAUAUAUUUAAUAGUUUUUUAAUAUCAGGAAAUCUCUGGUAGAAACUAGAAAACAUGUCUUUUAACUUAAGCAAUAACAAGCUAGGUACUUAAGUAGGAAAAUGGUAACAUAACAGCUGUCAAGAACUAAAUAAUAUGCAAUAAUAAUAAUGGAACAGGCAAGAAAGGAAUUGUUUAUUAAUUUGUAUUGUUAAUGGCCUUUUUUCAAUCAAAUGUGAUGGAUUAGUUGAUUAAAAUAUUAUGGGUGCCAACAUAUCCCAACUGGAAAGAGAUAUUGGUUCAGAAUUUCCCUGUAAUGAACAUUAUUUUGGAUUAGUGAAUUUUGGUAAUACUUGCUACAGCAACUCGGUGCUUCAGGCCUUGUAUUUUUGCAAACCAUUCAGAGACAAAGUGUUGGAGUACAAAGCGAAAAACAAGAGGACCAAAGAAACUUUGCUCACGUGCCUGGCAGAUUUGUUUCACAGUAUAGCUACUCAAAAGAAGAAAGUGGGUUCGAUUGCGCCCAAAAAGUUUAUUGGGCGUUUGAGGAAGGAAAAAGAGGAAUUUGACAACUACAUGCAGCAAGAUGCGCACGAAUUCCUAAAUUUCCUAAUCAACCACAUCAGCGAAAUAAUACUGGCCGAAAGACAGCAGCAGCAAAACAACACAGGAGGAGCGUCGUCCAACAAUGUGAACAAAAGCAAGGGAGCUGGUGAAAAUGGCAGUGCAAACACUGGCCAGCCAGAGCCUACUUGGGUGCAGGAAAUUUUCCAAGGUAUCCUCACCAGUGAAACCAAGUGCCUGAAUUGCGAAAACAUCAGCAGUAAAGAUGAGGACUUUUUCGAUUUGCAAGUGGACAUUGAACAGAACACCUCAAUAACCCACUGUUUGCGUUGUUUCAGUAACACAGAGACGCUUUGUAGUGAUAAUAAGUUUAAGUGUGAUAAUUGUUGCAGUUAUCAGGAAGCCCAAAAAAGAAUGAGGGUGAAAAAGCUGCCCACUAUUCUAGCCCUGCAUUUAAAAAGGUUCAAAUAUGUUGAACAAUAUAAUAGGCAUAUUAAAGUAUCUCAUAGGGUGGUGUUUCCUUUGGAACUUAGGCUAUUCAAUACUUCUGAUGAUGCAGUUAAUCCUGAUAGGCUGUAUGACCUGGUAGCAGUUGUGAUACAUUGCGGCAGUGGCCCUAACAGGGGUCACUACAUUAGCAUAGUGAAAAGCCAUGGGUUUUGGUUGCUGUUUGAUGAUGAUCAAGUCGAUAAAAUCGACUCUUCAGCAAUAGAAGACUUUUACGGUUUGACUUCAGACACCCAAAAAUCAUCAGAAACUGGCUACAUCUUAUUUUAUCAGAGUAGAGAGAGCUUAUGAGUCACAUUUGGAGACUAUUUCAAACAAGAACAAAAUACUUUAUGUAUUUUUAAUUUGUUUUUGUUAGUGGAGUUUUAAAUAAUUUGUAAAUAAUAGAGUUCGCUUUUGAAUAUUUUUUACCAAGUUCCUUUUAUUUGUUUGUUUUUUUUUAGUGAAAAUUCACUUUUAUAAUUAUAAUACUGAUAUAAGAUGUCAUUUAUAUGAAGUGAGAUAAAUUAUAUCCACUCAAAAUGUGUAGCAAUAAACAAUUAAAUCAAUCAAAAACAAAUUUGGUGUGUAUGUAAAGUCUGUCCAAAUAUCCUCCAGUUUAGAGUAAUAUUAUUGUGAAUACUGCUUAGCAGAUGCAAUUUUUAUUUUGUAAAUAACACAACUGAAUUAUCUA